UAUUUCAAUGGGACUCAGACCAGUGGCAUCUUUAUCCUUUUGUAGAACAGUCCCUUUCAGCAUUUUUUAAAACACAGUGAUUGAUCAUGCCCACAACUUGCCGCGGAUGAGCAGUGUAUGCUUCUUUUUGACAUGCUUACAAGAAUUAAACUGCGCUUUUAAAAGUGAGGACCGCAAAAAUGGAUAUUUUCAAGCAACAGAAAGUUGAAGAUUUCUAUGAAAUUGGGGAAGAGUUGGGAAGUGGACAGUUUGCCAUUGUAAAGCAAUGCAGAGAGAAAAAUACAGGACAGGAAUUUGCUGCCAAGUUCAUCAAGAAGCGUCAAAGUAUUGCCAGCUCUCGGGGAGUACGGCUGGAGGAGAUACAACGUGAGGUGGAGAUUCUACAGCAAAUUCAGCACCAAAAUAUUGUGACGCUACACGAUGUCUACGAGAACCGCACUGAUGUGGUGCUGAUCCUGGAGUUGGUCUCUGGGGGUGAGCUGUUUGACUUCUUGGCCCAGAAAGAGUCUCUAAGUGAGGACGAGGCAACACAGUUCAUCAAGCAAAUCCUUGAGGGGGUGAACUACCUUCACUCCAAAAAAAUAGCCCACUUUGACCUCAAGCCUGAAAACAUAAUGCUGCUAGAUAAGAAUGUACCAUUGCCAAGGAUUAAACUCAUUGAUUUUGGUCUCGCCCACAAAAUUGAAGCAGGAAUGGAGUUCAAAAACAUCUUUGGAACACCUGAAUUUGUUGCACCUGAGAUUGUCAACUAUGAGCCAUUGGGUUUGGAAGCGGACAUGUGGAGUAUCGGCGUCAUAACAUACAUCCUAUUAAGUGGUGCUUCUCCUUUCCUUGGAGAGACUAAGCAGGACACACUGAAGAACAUUUCAACCAUAAAUUAUGAGUUUGAUGAGGGGUUCUUCUGCAACACCAGUGAAUUGGCCAAAAAUUUCAUUAGUCACUUGCUUGAGAGGGACAAAAAGAAAAGACUGACAAUUCAAGAUGCUCUUAAUCACCCAUGGAUCAAGUCUAAUGAGCACAAGGAGGAGCAUAAAGGCCAAGAGCUGCAGAAACGAGAGAGACGCCAACUCAAGACCAAGCGUCUGAGGGAGUACACUAUUAAGUCUCACUCAAGUAUGCCACCUAACAACACCUAUGUAAACUUUGAGCGCUUCGCCCAAGUGGUGGAGGACAUUGCUCAAAUGGAACGGUCAUUCUUCAGCUUGGCAGAGUCCCAUGAUUCUCUGCAAGAAGAUAUUGGUGCCAUGGUCUCUAUAUACAUUGAGAAAGAGGCCUGGUACAAGGAAGAGAGUGAAGGAGUGCGCCAUGAGCUCUCGCAAAUCCGUUACGAGUUCCGUAAGUUGGAAUCCUUGAAGAGAAGUCUGCAAGACGAAAUGCAGUCUUUUAGCUCCAGCCUUAGAGGCAUCAGCAGCCGCUACCAGGAAAGACAGAACCACUUUGAUGCACUCACCCAAGAACUCAGCAAUGAGCUGAAAUGGGUGCAGGAGGUGAUGGGUUCAUUUCCCACCGAUGGCAGUUACCCCAAUGGUAAUGUCACCACUGUCUUCAAGAAUGAGGUAAACGAAGCCCAGAAAGAGUUGCAGAAGCGCUCCUGUGGAGGAGAGCUGCUGUCUGGGAUCAACCUAGACUAAACCGAAGCUGGCCAUCAAAGAUACACCAUCAUUCGUUUCAGUUAAAAUUUUUCUGUAUGAAUGU